CAUUAAUUUAAUAUCAACAAAGAGCCUCUUUCACUCCACCACAUGUCCCAAGUUAUUUACACCAAUAAUAAUCUCAAGUCUUGAAAGGAGCUGGUAUAUAUAUAUAGGUACAGUCUUGAGUCACCAAAGCACAAAAACCGGUCAAUGAAGCAACGAACCCACUCCGAAGCCACCAUGGAUAGUCGCCGGAGAAAGAGCACCUCCGGCGACUCCUUCUCGUUCCCAAGCACCCCAAAUCCAGAGUCGGACUUUGAGUUCGAGUCUCUAACGCCGGAUUCACCGUCCAGUGAUCCGUGCAGAACCUCACCAGCAGAUCACCUCUUCUUCAAUGGCCGUCUCCAGCCUCACUCUUUCCCUUUAUUCCAGCACCACCACCACUCGAUUUCCACGACGAGCCGAACUAGCAGCAUCAGCAGCAAGGACUCUCUCAUGUCUUCUAGAAGCAACAGCAUUAACAGCAGGGGAAGCAGCAGCUGCAGCAGCAGCGCAAGGACAAGCGCCAGUGACGGCUCAGAGAGAAGGUUGCUCCACAGCAAGCUCUCAUCCUUGUCUUCAUCGGCAUCACCGUCAUGCAAAGGCGUGUAUAUGGGGAAGAGGACCAUGGUUUCAGCUCACUCUCAGGUGUAUGGGUGCUCGCAGAGGUGGCAGUAUUUAACGCCAGUGCCCGCGUUGAAUCGCGACGCCUCGAAGAAACGAACAGGGGAGGUGAAGCAAAAGAAGAAGGAAGACAAGAAAACAAAGAAGAAGAAGAUGAUGAAGAAGAAGAAUAAGGAGAAGAAGGUGCGGUUGCGAUUUGGCCGGAAAAUUUUGCGGUGGUUUGUGAUGGCGUGCAAAGAAUGCCACGCCAUGGAGCCGUCUAAAAUCAAGAAGAAACAUAUCAUGUCUCAACAAAAUGUGAAUACUUAGCUUCUGUAACUUUUCUGAAUCUUUUUUCUUUUAAUAUUUUCUACGUACGUAGAUGGGAUUUUGGGUUUGUAUAUUUGUGAAAUGUGGCUACAAAUUUCCACAUCGAAUUGUUUAUUUUGAUUGUGGUUUUUUAUUUUGGUUUUUUCUUUUUGAAAAAAUAAGUUGGCUUCGUUUUGAUUCUUCCAAAAGUUUACGAAGAAUAGUCUGAAUUUGAUCAUAUAUGA